AUGGCUUUUGGACAAAUGAUCAAUUACAGUAUAUCUUCGAUUGCUUUUAGCACUAAUGCCCAGGUGGAUUUUCGUCAUUCUAUUUGCUUUAUUUUGGGAGUGGUUAAGAAAGAAAACUUGUGUACCUAUUUAGGAAUUCCUUCUGUGGUUGGUCGUAACAGGAAGGAGGUUUUUGGUUAUCUGAAGGAUAGAGUUUGGAGUAAGCUAAACUCGUGGAAACAGAGGGCACUCUCUUGUGCAGGCAAGGAGGUUCUCAUCAAAACAGUUCUCCAAGCUCUCCCAAACUAUGUGAUGAGUUUGUUUUUAUUGCCGAUAAUGUUUUGUGCGGAGCUGGAGAGAAUAAUGACAGCUUAUUGGUGGGGUAAAGGUAUUGCGAAUGAUCGAGGGAUUCACUGGGUAGGUUGGACUAGGACGACUAGACAUAAAGCUUUGGGUGGUUUGGGGUUUAAGCAUCUCCGUGCAUUUAAUCUUGCAAUAUUGGGGAAGCAAGGGUGGAAUCUAGUUUCUAGACCUGAUUCGUCGUUGUUAGGGUAUCAUUAUUGGAAUUUGGGGCUGGUAGACUCACUUUUUAAUGAAAGAGAUAAGCAGCUUAUAGCUGCUAUCCCACUAAGUCGGAUUCCACAGGUUGAUAAGUUAUGUUGGAAGUUUGAGGAGAAGGGCAUGUAUUCGGUACGUAGUGCUUAUCGAUUUCUUUGUGGUCAAGCUUCUCGGAGUCUUGAUGAGUGGAGAAGUGCUCAAAGCCUUGGUGAUGCUGGGUCUGUUUCGCCAGUAAGUCCGGAGGGACAUUUUAUUGCAGCUUACGCGACUAGAGAGUCUGGUGGAGUGGACGCGAAGUGUGCUAAAGCCAUAGCUAUCAAGUGUGCUGAAGGUUGGAGCCAUGUGGUCUUUCAGUCUGAUGGCUUACGCGACUAG